GCUGCGAACCCUCCCCGCAGGUCCCGGCUUUGAGAAUUAAUUCGUCUGCAAAUAGCGCCGCGUCCAGAUGCGGCUUCAGCGCCGCAGCGCCGGUUUCUUAAGGAUUUAACUUGAAAGUCAAGGGCUUCCUGCACUAGGUGUUACAAAUAAGUAGUGUCAUUUUCUUUUUGCUCCGAGUUUGUCCGUCCAAUCAUAUCCCAGUAUGCAAAUAAACCUUCGCCCGUGCAGAUAAAAAGGAACAAAUAAAGCCAAGGGCUCUAUCAGAAACAAAUCGCUGAGCCUGUCACCUGUAUUUCAGGAGCUGAACCAGCAAUGUCAUCCUCAGGCAUGUCAGACUUACCUGUCCCACUCACCAAUUUGAAGUUUCAAUAUACUAAGAUCUUUAUAAACAACGAGUGGCAUAAUUCGGUGAGUGGCAAGAAAUUUCCUGUCUUUAAUCCUGCAACUGAGGAGAAACUCUGCGAGGUAGAGGAAGGAGACAAGGAGGAUGUUAACAAAGCGGUGAAGGCCGCACGCCAGGCUUUUCAGAUCGGCUCUCCAUGGCGUACUAUGGAUGCUUCCGAGAGGGGACGGCUGCUGUACAAGUUGGCUGAUUUAAUCGAAAGAGAUCGCCUGUUGCUGGCAACAAUGGAGUCAAUGAAUGGUGGAAAGCUAUUUUCCAAUGCCUAUCUGAUGGAUUUAGGAGGCUGCAUAAAGACACUACGCUACUUUGCAGGGUGGGCUGACAAGAUCCAGGGCCGCACAAUACCUAUUGAUGGAGACUUUUUUACUUAUACAAGACAUGAGCCUAUUGGUGUGUGUGGCCAAAUUAUUCCUUGGAAUUUCCCAUUGGUUAUGUUCAUUUGGAAAAUAGGGCCGGCCCUAAGCUGCGGAAACACAGUAGUUGUCAAACCGGCAGAGCAAACUCCACUCACUGCUCUUCACGUGGCAUCUUUAAUAAAAGAGGCAGGAUUUCCUCCUGGAGUUGUGAAUGUUGUCCCUGGUUAUGGGCCGACUGCAGGGGCCGCCAUUUCUUCUCACAUGGACAUAGACAAAGUGGCCUUCACUGGAUCUACAGAGGUCGGCAAGAUGAUCAAAGAAGCUGCAGGAAAAAGCAACCUGAAGAGGGUGACCCUGGAGCUCGGCGGAAAGAGCCCUUGCAUUGUGUUUGCUGACGCAGACAUGGGCAGUGCCGUUGAAUUUGCACACCACGGGUUGUUCUACCACCAGGGCCAAUGCUGUAUAGCCGCAUCCCGCCUUUUCGUGGAAGAAUCCAUUUACGAUGAGUUUGUUCGCAGGAGUGUUGAACGGGCUAAAAAGUACGUUCUUGGAAACCCCCUGACCCCAGGAGUCAAUCAAGGCCCUCAGAUUGAUAAAGAACAAUAUGAAAAAAUACUUGACCUCAUUGAGAGUGGGAAGAAAGAAGGAGCCAAGCUGGAAUGUGGUGGAGGUCCGUGGGGGAAUAAAGGCUACUUUAUCCAGCCCACGGUUUUCUCUAAUGUUACAGAUGAGAUGCGCAUUGCCAAAGAGGAGAUAUUUGGACCAGUGCAGCAAAUCAUGAAGUUUAAAUCUUUAGAUGAUGUGAUCAAGAGAGCAAACAAUACUUUCUAUGGCUUAUCAGCAGGAAUCUUUACCAAAGACCUUGAUAAAGCCAUUACAGUCUCCUCUGCUCUGCAGGCCGGGACAGUGUGGGUGAAUUGCUAUAACAUGGUGUCUGCCCAGUGUCCCUUUGGUGGAUUCAAGAUGUCUGGAAAUGGACGAGAAUUGGGCGAAUACGGUCUCCACGAGUACACAGAGGUUAAGACGGUCACAAUGAAAAUUUCUCAGAAGAACUCAUAAAGAAGCUACAAGGACAGAGAGAAGAGUCCUCAAUGGCUAAGCAUCUCUUACAGUCACUAAUAUAUUAUGGUGGGUUUCAAAUACAAAAUUGUUGUUUUCUUGAUUUUUUUAAAACAUAAGCUAAUCAUAUCAGCAUUAAUACUACGCAUAGAAUACUUGACAUAUACCUUAUACUGAAUCAUUUAUCUUCUGGUAUGUGACCUCCAAGUCCUAUCUGUAAUAAGGAGAAUGGAUUUAGAUGCAAGAUAUCUCUAGUUCCAUAGCAGUCAUGUGCUUUUCUUUGUAGCUACUUGUCCAGGAUAAUCAUUGUGUAGAAGAGGACCAGUUGUCACUUAGCUUCUUCCCAUUAACAGCCCCUUGACAUACUUAACGUGCCUGUUAACUGCAGAGUAGAUGUGCUCUGUUCCCAGUAGUUGUGAAGUCCUUAGAAUUGUUGAAAUGUUUCCAACAAUGUGUUGUCUUCUUCUCAAAUGAAGUAAUCCCUGAAAUACUUAGCUGUAAUCUAAUCAUAAAGCUUAAUAAAAACAACCUUGCAUGAU